CCUGGGGAAGUCGUUCCAGUGAGCCCCCUUCCGGCGUUUGGGGCCGGAAGUUGUGGCCCGGCGGUGUCAACCUGAGGGCUGCAGCCAGAGAUCGCGGCCAAGACCGAGACCAUGGGCGGGAAGAACAAGCAACGGACCAAGGGGAACCUGAGGCCUUCAAAUAGUGGUCGAGCUGCAGAACUACUUGCCAAAGAAAAGGGAACAGUGCCUGGGUUUAUUGGUUUUGGAACAUCUCAGAAUGAACUAGGCUAUGUUCCUGCUAUUCAAGGAGCUGAAGAAAUCGACAAUCUUGUAGAUUCUGAUUUCCGAAUGGUGCUACGGAAACUUUCUAAGAAGGAUGUCACAACAAAAUUAAAAGCUAUGCAGGAAUUUGGAACCAUGUGUACAGAGAGAGAAACAGAAAUUGUAAAAGGUGUUCUUCCAUAUUGGCCAAGAAUUUUCUGCAAAAUUUCACUUGAUCAUGAUCGCCGGGUUCGAGAAGCCACUCAGCAAGCUUUUGAAAAACUUAUCCUUAAAGUAAAGAAACACUUGGCUCCGUAUUUAAAGAGUUUAAUGGGAUAUUGGCUCAUGGCGCAGUGUGAUACGUACACCCCAGCUGCAUGCGCUGCAAAAGAUGCUUUUGAAGCAGCCUUCCCUCCAAGCAAGCAACCUGAAGCCAUAGCAUUUUGUAAGGAUGAAAUUACAAGCGUGCUUCAGGAUCAUCUUCUAAAAGAAACACCUGACACACUUAGUGACCCACAAACUGUUCCGGAGGAAGAAAGAGAAGCUAAAUUCUAUCGAGUUGUAACUUGUUCCUUAUUGGCACUAAAGAAAUUGCUUUGCCUUUUACCUGAUAAUGAACUUGACUCUUUAGAGGAGAAAUUUAAAUCUCUGUUAUCACAGAAUAAAUUUUGGAAGUAUGGAAAACACAGUGUACCACAGAUCCGCUCAGCAUAUUUUGAGUUAGUUUCUGCGUUGUGCCAGCGCAUUCCACAGUUGAUGAAAGAGGAAGCUUCCAAAGUGAGCCCCUCUGUUCUGCUGAGCAUUGAUGACAGUGACCCCAGUGUCUGCCCCGCUCUCUGGGAAGCUGUGCUGUAUACCCUCACAACUAUUGAGGACUGUUGGCUUCAUGUAAAUGCAAAAAAAAGCGUGUUUCCUAAGCUGUCAACUGUGAUUCGUGAAGGUGGUCGGGGCUUAGCUGCUGUCAUAUAUCCUUAUCUUCUGCCAUUUAUUAGCAAACUCCCUCAGUCCAUUACAGAUCCAAAGUUGGAUUUCUUCAAAAAUUUUCUCACCUCUCUGGUUGCAGGGUUGUCAACAGAGAGAAUCAAAACCAGCUUUUCAGAGUGCUCUGCAGUAAUAGCUGCUUUCUUUGAGUGCUUACGUUUUAUAAUGCAGCAAAACUUGGGUGAGCAAGAGAUGGAACAGAUGCUCGUCAGCGGUCAGCUGAUUCCUUUUAUUGAUACGGUUCUUAGAGACCCAGGAUUACCACAUGGGCAACUAUUUAACCAUUUAGCUGAAACUUUAAGUUCCUGGGAAGACAAAGUGGAUGUAGAAAAAGAUGAUAAACUUACUCAUAACUUGGAGAACGUGCUUCUAAAUUUCUGGGACGGAUUGUCAGAGAUCUGUGUCAGGAAAAUCAGUGAGCCAGAGGCUGAUGUGAAGUCUGUUUUGGGUGUAUCCAACUUGUUACAGGUCCUUCAGGAGCCAGAUAGCCUGUUGAAGUCAAAUAAAAAAAAAGUUAAUAAGGUUAGAUUUGCGGAUGAGACUCCAGAAGAUAACAAAGAGAAUGAAAAAUGUGGAUCUUCAGAAGGAGAGAACAGUGAAGGCCCUGAGCCUAUGACAGAAUCUUUUCUCAAUCAUAAUUCUUCAAACGUUGUGUCACCUUUACGGAAAAAACCUUUGGAAGACUUAGUCUGUAAACUUGCAGAGAUGAGUAUUAAUUAUGUCAAUGAACAGAAGUCAGAGCCACAUCUGAGGUUUCUUUCGCUUUUGCUUGACUCUUUCUCUUCAAGCCGAGUAUUUAAAAUGCUCCUUGGUGAUGAAAAAGAGAGUACUGUCAAAGCCAAAGCUCUUGAAAUAACCAAACUUGUACAAAAGAAUCCUGCAGUGCAGUUUCUGUACCAAAAGCUGGUACGCUGGCUAAAUGAAGAUCCGAAGAAGGAUGCGGAUUUCCUGGUGGACAUUCUGUAUAGUGCCCUCCGUUGCUGUGAGGGGGAUGCAGAGAGAAAAGAGGUCCUGGAUGACCUAACCAAGGAGGACCUAGAGUGGCAUUCUCUUCUUCAGGUUAUUGAAAAGGCAUGUUCUAGUUCAGAUAAACAUGCUUUAGUAGCUCCUUGGCUAAAAGGUGAUAUCCUUGGAGAAAAACUGGUUGCGCUGGCAGAUCGUCUUUGUAAUAAGAACUUGGAAUCCACAGCAUCUUCACAAUCCUGCUUCUCAGAACAGUGGACUCUUCUAAGCUUGAUAUUAUCCCAACAUGUUAAAAAUGAUUACUUGAUUGAAGAAGUGUAUCUUGAAAGAAUUAUUGUUAAACUCCAUGAAACUUUAUCCAAAACAAAGGAGUUCUCAGAAGCUGAAAAUAGUGACUCAUCGGUGUCUUUCAUCUGUGACAUGGCAUAUAGCUAUUUCAGCUCAGCCAAGGCACGCUUGCUAAUGCCAUCAUCUGAAGACUUAUUAUUAACUCUCUUUCAGUUAUGUGCUCAAAGCAAAGAAGAAACACGUUUGCCAGGUAAUAGCCUACUGCUCAAAUAUUUUAUUGGGAAUCUCCGAGUACUUAAAUUCACAGAGCCAGAACAUGGAACAGUGGUUGUCAGGGGCGGAAAGGGAGGGGAAUUGUAUGAAAUAACCACACAUAUAAAUAUUUCUAUUUUUCUUUUAAACAGUUUCUUUCCAUUAACAGAGGGUAAUUUACAUACCAUUCAAAGUCUCUGUCCAUUUUUGUCAAAAGAAGAAAAGAAAGAAUUCAGUUCUCAAUGUAUACCUGCUCUUUUGGGCUGGACUAAGGAAGACCUUUGCAGUACCAAUGGAGGUUUUGGGCAUCUUGCCAUUUUUAAUUCUUGUCUGCAAACCGGCAGUAUUGAUGAUGGAGAACUGCUACAUGGUAUAUUGAAAAUUAUAAUAUCCUGGAAGAAAGAACAUGAAGAUAUUUUUCUUUUCAGUUGUAAUCUAUCAGAAGCAAGUCCGGAGGUACUGGGUGUAAAUAUAGAAAUAAUCCGGUUCCUUUGCCUAUUUCUGAAGCGCUGCUCUUCUCCUCUCGCAGAGAGUGAGUGGGACUUCAUCAUGUGCUCCAUGCUGGCCUGGCUGGAGACAACAAAGGAGAAUCAGGCACUGUAUUCUGUUCCCCUCGUACAACGGCUUGCCUGUGUCAGCUGUGACUUGGCCUGUGAUCUCAGCGCUUUCUUUGAUUCAGUCACUCCGGAAACCAUUGCUAAUCUUCCUGUAAAUCUAGUCAGUGAAUGGAAAGAGUUUUUUUCCCAAGGCAUCCACAGUUUACUUUUACCUCUUUUGGUGACUAUUACAGGAGAAAAUAAAAAUCUGUCUGAAACCACCUUCGAAAACGCAAUGUUGAAGCCCAUGUGUGAAACAUUAACAUAUAUUUCAAAGGAUCAGCUAUUGAGUCACAAGCUUCUUGCAAAACUGGGGACUGGCCCCAAAACAAACUUGCCAGAAAAUCUUCAGACUUUGUUGAAUACAUUGGUCCCAUUACUCCUCUUCAGAGCUAGGCCUGUGCAAAUUGCUGUUUAUCAUAUGCUCUACAAAUUGAUGCCUGAAUUACCACAAUAUGAUCAGGAUAAUCUAAAAUCAUAUGGAGAUGAAGAAGAAGAACCAGCUUUGUCACCACCAUCCAUACUGAUGUCUCUUCUGGGCACUCAAGAGGAUUUACUAGAAAACAUUUUGGGGUGUAUUCCUGUGGGACAGAUAGUCACUAUUAAACCACUGAGUGAAGACUUCUGUUAUGUUCUGGGAUAUCUUCUUACUUGGAAGUUAAUCCUUACUUUCUUCAAAGCUGCUUCAUCUCAGCUUCGGGCUCUGUAUUCAAUGUACCUUAGGAAAACAAAGAGCUUGAGCAAAUUACUUUAUCACCUGUUCAGGCUUAUGCCAGAAAACCCAAGCUAUGGAGAGGCAGCUCUUGAGAUCUCAAGUAAGGACUCCAAAACAUUCUUCACUGAGGAGCUCCAGCUGAGUAUUCGAGAAACAUCAACUCUUCCAUAUCACAUUCCACACUUGGCUUGUUCAGUCUAUCAUAUGACAUUAAAAGAUUUGCCUGCCAUGGUGAGGCUGUGGUGGAAUAGCAGUGAGAAGCGUGUCUUCAAUAUUGUGGAUAGGUUUACAAGCAAGUAUGUCAGCAGUGUCCUUUCUUUUCAAGAAAUAUCUUCUGUGCAAACAAGUACCCAGCUAUUUAAUGGCAUGACGGUUAAAGCUCGAGCCACUACUCGAGAAGUAAUGGCUACUUAUACUAUUGAGGACAUUGUCAUUGAACUUAUAAUACAGCUGCCUUCAAAUUAUCCGCUGGGAUCAAUAUCAGUGGAGAGUGGGAAGAGAGUUGGCGUGGCCGUCCAGCAGUGGCGGAACUGGAUGCUGCAGUUAAGCACUUACCUCACCCACCAGAAUGGAAGUAUUAUGGAAGGCUUAGCCUUAUGGAAAAAUAAUGUAGACAAACGUUUUGAGGGUGUUGAAGACUGCAUGAUCUGUUUUUCAGUCAUUCAUGGUUUCAACUAUUCUCUCCCCAAAAAAGCCUGUAGAACAUGCAAGAAAAAGUUCCAUUCAGCUUGCUUGUACAAAUGGUUCACCUCUAGCAACAAAUCCACUUGUCCACUCUGUCGCGAGACCUUUUUCUGAGAUUUUUUUUCAUUGGAAGUAAUCCCUGAAAUAAAUUAAGCCAAGGCAUUGAUUGGAUUUGGAUCCAUCUUACAGUUGUUGCUGUGAAGAAGCCAGUGACCAUUACCUUUAAAUAGGACCUUCUUGGAAAAUUAUUUUGGUUAAUGUAAUGAUCUUAAAAAUCAAGUUUAUCUAUCUUCAGAUUGCUUUGUAAAUGUUUGGAAACAUUUUCUUUUACAAAAGAAUAUUACAUAUUUGAGAGAAGUAUUUAUAUUAAUGGUUUAAUCCCUUUGUAUAUUUAAAAGUAAAUAUGAAAAACUAAAUUAUAGAAUUGAAAUUUGCAAAAAUACUGUACUUAUAAAUUUAUCAUUUGUUGAUCUGCUUUCUUGAACAGUCCAAGUGUGAGGCAGGGAAUUGCGAAAGUUGAACAUCUACAGAUACUUUAAGGCUUAUGUAUUAGUUAUAACUGCAAAAUGAGUUGUGUUCUGAUUUCUGUAGAUUAUUUUAAUGAUUAAAAAAUGACACUAACCUAUCAGUGUAGCUUAUCUAAGCUCUUUGAAGCAUGCUCUGAAAUCCUAUAUUCAAGAAUGUAAACUGAACUUUUAAGGUGCCUCCAUUUAUUAAGGGUUAUGAAAUUCAGAAAAUUAAAUUUAUGAUAUUGA